GGAUGUUGAAGACAUAACACGUGUAAAUUCACCUUGUUCACCCUGACUCAUGCAUGUGCUGAGACCAGCAAGGUUUCUACACAGCAAACAUCACUGUGUUGUUGAAGAAAAACAAAUAAAACAUGUGAAACCAUCACAUUCAAAGUAUCCUUCUUCCAUUGACAUUUUCGGUCUAUAAUCAAUAUUUUAUACCAACAAUGAAACACAUGACUACUUGUGUGAGAAAGGGAUCGCUUGUAUUGAUGAACCCCUCGAAUUUCUACCAAAUUCUGCAGUUCCCUUUAGCUCUGCGGAGCUUUUUAGCAUCUUUCAGAUCAUUGUUUUGGUUUUUCGGCCUGCAGAUUUAUUGUAUUGAUGAAUUCUCACAACUUUUUUUGUUACUGGAUCAAAAUUAAGCAUCAAAUCCAUCCAUCAGUGUUUUUUCUCUGUGGCUUUAUUUCCCUCGCCUGAGAAAUUAAGCAUCCAAUGGCAGACAGACAAAGUUAGCCACUAGCUUGUUAGCAUAAUGGAUUUAGCAACUACGGUACCAGAUAUUUCCCUUAAAAGCUGGUGGACAGAAAAGAACACACAGUGAAAGGACAUGAAUAUUUAUUGAAUCAUUUUCAUUAGGUGGCAAGAAACAUAACUCACUUAAUGCUGGUGUAUUGUUGCUCUUUAUUACUGUGUAAAUAGGCAAAUGUUUGCUCACAAGUUCACUGUUUCAACUUAAAAUAUGAUAACAGAUCAGUGUUCCUGCUGCCCCCAAGUAACCAAAAAAUCAAUUAUUGAAGGUUUAAAUAAUACAAAAUAAAUGUUUACCCUCAGUGAUUCACCAUUCUGAAGGCACCUCUAUGACUUAAAUAGAGCACAGGCUACUUUUAAAAGACUCCCACAUGCAGUGAAGGAUUUUGGAACAGCUGCUCCCCUGUUAGUUUGUGAUGGAUGCAGUUAUCAGAUGAACUGGCUCAGGAUUGAAAACAUCACACAGAGGGAAGAUGUCCUGAAUGUCCUCACUUGGCCAUGAAAUCAGCCAAAUACAUACACAAUGAUACAGUAUACUAUACUUUUGAUAGAAAGUUCUCUUUAAGAAGAGAGGUUGGAAAUAAAUAAAGGUAUUUGCUUCAUGUGUACUCUCUGGAGCCAUUUUCAGAAUAAUCUUUACAGAAAAACAUGUUUCAUUUUAAAAGAUUACCUCUGUUUUUCAAUUAAAUCGUUAGUUGACUUUUUGUUGUUGUAAACAUGUCAUGUAUGUAUGUGCUAUGUAUACACAAAGCAGGGUGAUGUAUGGCAUGAUGUAUGGCAGUUCUUGAGCCCCUCCUACUCAACUUCUACAUGCCUCCUAUUGGUCAAAUUGUCCAAGACUAUACGAUUGCUUAUCAUAGCUAUGCAGUAGACACCCAGAUUUAUGUAGCACUCUCACCAAAUCACUACAGUCCUGUAUAGUCACUUUAUUUGUGCUGUGAGGAAUUAAACAACUGAAUGCACUAAAAUAUCUUCCCAUUAAACAAAGGCUGAAUUAAUUCAUUUUUGGCAAUAACGAAGGAAGGCUGGCACUUAGUACUCAUUUCGAUUCUGGAGCACCAAAAGUUAACACCCGGGUCAAGAAUAUUGGUGUAACCAUUGAUGAGGAUUUAAAUUUCAGUGGCGACAUCAAAGCUUUAACAAAAUCAUCAUUUUGGCAUCUUAAAAAAACUUUGCUAAAUCCAAGCAAGAUGUAAGGUGGACUACUGCGAUGCACUUCUUACUCAUUAUGAAGAGUCAGUAAAUAUUGGAUAUUAGUGGCCCACUAAUGAAUUGUAUAUUUAUUGUUUAUUGUGUAUAGUAUUUUAUUAUUAUGUUUUUUAAAAUCACUUUUAAAGAAUACUGUUGUGUCAAUUUUGAAUUUUCACUAGGGGGAUGAAUGAAGUAACCUUACCUACCUACCCAUUAUGCAGUCAGCAGAUAUUUGUGGGUUUUAAAUAUAUUAUGCAGAGUUAGUCGAUAUUAAUGUUUUUUGUGUAGGACUAUUAUGGAGUCAGUAAAUAUUAGUGGGUUUUUAGUAUAUAUAAUGGAGAGUUAGUAGAUAUGAAUUGUUUUUUUAGAUAUAUUGUGGAGAGUGAGUAGAUAUUAGUGGGUAUUUAUAUAUGUAGGCCUACAUAUAAUGGAGAGUGAGUAGAUAUUAGUGGGUUUUUACAUAGCUGUGUUAUGCAGAUACAGCAUAGUGGGCUUUUAAAUAUAGGCCUAUUAUGCAGAGUCAGUAUAUUAGUGGGUUUUUACAUAUAUUACGCUGACUUACUAUCUGUAUUUACAUGUGGGUUUUUUGAGUUUGUGUGUGUGUGUGUGUGCAUGUGUCGCAGGAACAACAGCAGUGACGUUUUCAUGACAGCCUCGCGCAGCCUCGCCGCCGCUCCAACAGUGCAUUCUGGGUCCAACCCAAGAUGGCUGCGCCCUUGCAGAAGUGCUGAAGCAGUGCCUCUCCGGAGAAAUUGUCGGGGAUUAUUUGAGACAUUUCCGCGGUAACCGUCGCGAGAAACCGCCGAGCGGCGACGCCGGUUUGUAGUAGAACACCGUAGCACCGCAGUCAUCGAUAAGCACGGCCCGUGCCUCGUGUGGCUGUGGCAGACUGUCCGCGUGAAGAUGGGCCUGGUCUCGAGCCGCUUCCCAUAGCGUCGCGCGGCGCGGAGAGGAGCCGCACGUUCCCCUGCAAACACGCGCCUGUGCAGCUCGGGUUUGACGGCUUUGACAUACUGUACCGCCUGUGGACGCUGCCCUACAACCUCUUGACCAGGAUAGUCUGUGCCACCGUGUCUGUCAUCGUCCGGAGAAGGAGAGCGUCCCCGGCCCGGGCUGACCCCGACACCGAUACCGUCACCGCCAGAGCUCCGAGGGCCCUGAUGAAAAUGGACUCAGACUUGCUUCACUCCCCAGCGGUGGGCCUCGCUGAGGAGGAGGAGGCCGACAUGAACGACUGGAAGCUCCCGCUGGCCUUCAUGAAGAAGCGGCACUCGGAGAAGAUCGAGGGCUCCAAGGCCUUAGCGCAGAGCUGGAGGAUGAAGGACAGGAUGAAGACUGUGAGCGUAGCGCUGGUGUUGUGCCUCAAUGUGGGAGUGGACCCUCCUGAUGUAGUCAAGACGUCCCCCUGCGCCAGACUGGAGUGCUGGAUAGAUCCUCUGUCGAUGAGUCCACAGAAAGCCCUGGAGACCAUCGGGGCCAACCUUCAGAAGCAAUAUGAAAACUGGCAGCCCAGGGCUCGUUACAAACAGAGCCUGGACCCCACGGUGGACGAGGUGAAGAAGCUGUGCACGUCGCUGAGACGCAACGCCAAAGAGGAGCGAGUCCUCUUCCACUACAACGGCCACGGAGUGCCGCGACCCACCGUUAAUGGAGAGAUCUGGGUUUUUAAUAAGAACUACACCCAGUACAUCCCGCUGUCCAUCUACGACCUGCAGACGUGGAUGGGGAGCCCGUCCAUUUUCGUCUACGACUGCUCCAACGCAGGAAUCAUCGUCAAGUCCUUCAAACAGUUCGCCCUGCAGAGAGAGCAGGAGCUGGAGGUGGCAGCCAUCAACCCCAGCCAUCCGCUGGCCCAGAUGCCCCUCCCUCCCUCCAUGAAGAACUGCAUCCAGCUGGCUGCCUGCGAGGCCAGCGAGCUGCUGCCCAUGAACCCCGACCUCCCUGCUGACCUCUUCACCUCCUGCCUCACCACACCCAUCAAGAUCGCCCUCCGGUGGUUUUGUAUGCAGAAGAGUGCCAAGCUGGUGCCAGGGGUGACGUUAGACCUCAUCGAGAAGAUCCCUGGCAGGCUCAACGACAGGCGCACUCCCCUCGGAGAGCUCAACUGGAUCUUCACCGCCAUCACUGACACCAUCGCCUGGAAUGUGCUGCCCAGAGAUUUGUUCCAGAAGUUGUUUCGUCAGGACCUGCUGGUGGCCAGCUUGUUCCGCAAUUUCCUGUUAGCGGAGAGGAUAAUGAGGUCAUACAACUGCACACCGGUCAGCAGUCCACGUCUGCCCCCUACAUACAUGCACGCCAUGUGGCAAGCGUGGGACCUGGCUGUGGACAUCUGCCUCUCUCAGUUGCCUACCAUCAUCGAGGAGGGCACCGCCUUCAGACACAGUCCUUUCUUCGCAGAGCAGCUGACGGCAUUUCAGGUGUGGUUGACGAUGGGUGUGGAGAACAGAAACCCUCCUGAGCAGCUCCCUAUUGUACUGCAGGUUCUACUGAGUCAGGUGCAUCGGCUACGUGCUCUUGACCUCCUCGGACGGUUUCUGGACCUAGGACCAUGGGCCGUCAGUCUGGCCCUCUCUGUAGGGAUCUUCCCCUACGUGUUGAAGCUGCUUCAGAGCUCAGCCAGAGAGCUGCGGCCACUGCUGGUUUUUAUCUGGGCCAAAAUCCUGGCUGUGGACAGUUCGUGUCAAGCAGACUUAGUGAAAGACAACGGUCACAAGUACUUCCUGUCAGUGUUGGCCGACAAUUAUAUGCCAGCUGAGCAUCGAACCAUGGCUGUCUUCAUAUUAGCUGUCAUUGUCAACAGCUACAACACAGGACAGGAGGCCUGUCUGCAGGGCAACCUAAUAGCCAACUGCCUGGAGCAGCUGUCAGACCCCCACCCUCUGCUCCGCCAGUGGGUGGCUAUCUGCCUGGGCCGCAUCUGGCAGAACUUCGACCCGGCACGCUGGUGUGGAGUCCGGGACAGCGCCCACGAGAAGCUCUACACCCUCCUGUCGGAUCCCAUCCCCGAGGUGAGAUGUGCUGCUGUCUUCGCUCUCGGGACGUUCGUGGGAAACUCCGCCGAGAGGACGGACCACUCCACCACCAUCGACCACAACGUUGCCAUGAUGCUCGCCCAGCUCAUCAACGACGGCAGCCCCGUUGUCCGCAAGGAGCUGGUGGUAGCACUGAGUCACCUCGUGGUCCAGUAUGAAAGCAACUUCUGCACAGUAGCCCUGCAGUUUAUAGAAGAGGAGAAGAACUACACGGUGCCGUCGCCAGCCAACACUGCAGAGCUUGGUAACCUGACACCAGUGAGGGACAGUCCGGCCAUCCCACGCCUGCGAUCGGUCAACUCCUACACCAACAUCCGAACUGCCACCACCGCCCGCAACCUGAACAAGAGCCUGCAGAACCUCAACCUCAACGAAGAGGGUGGACCGGCAGCCUUCUCUCCUGGUAACUUGAGCACCAGCAGCAGCGCCAGCAGCACCCUGGGGAGCCCCGACAACGACGAGUACAUCCUGUCCUUCGAAACCAUCGACAAAAUGAGACGGGUGUCUUCGUAUUCCUCCCUCAACUCCCUCAUAGGCGUGUCCUUCAACAGUGUUUACACUCAGAUCUGGAGAGUGCUGCUACAUCUCGCCGCAGACCCUUUCCCCGAAGUGUCUGAUCUGGCCAUGAAGGUCCUUAACAGCAUCGCCUACAAGGCGACCAUGAACGCUCGGCCUCAGAGGAUCCUGGACUCUGGAUCUCUCACCCAGUCAGCCCCGGCCAGCCCCACCAGCAAGGGCACGCACAUCCACCAGGCCGGUGGUUCUCCUCCCAUGCCCAGCACCAGCAGCUCUAGCCUGACCAACGAGGUGCCCAAACCCCCCGCCAGAGAGCAGCCGGCCACACGCCCCCCUUACACACCCACACUGGGAGGACAGGCGCCCCACUCCCACCAAUUCCCCCGCACCCGAAAGAUGUUUGACAAGGGACCCGAGCAGGCAGCUGAGGAUGGGGACGAGCCAGGUGGUCACAGGAACUACAUCAGCGCAGCCCUCCAGACGGGUCUGUGUGAUUGGAGCGCCAAGUAUUUUGCUCAGCCAGUCAUGAAGAUCCCAGAGGAGCAUGACCUGGAGAGUCAGGUGAGGAUGGAGCGGCAGUGGAGGUUCCUGAGAAACGCUCGUGUGAGAAGGCACAGCCGGAGCAUCACACAAAAAGGUGUUUCCCGUCUGGACGAUCAAAUAUUCAUCAACCGCAACCCUGGCGUGCCGUCCGUCGUGAAGUUCCACCCCUUCAACACCUGCAUCGCUGUGGCCGACAAGGACAGCAUCUGUUUUUGGGACUGGGAAAAAGGCGAGAGGCUGGACUACUUCUACAACGGGAACCCUCGCUACACCCGCAUCACGGCCAUGGAGUACCUGAACGGACACGACUGUUCAUUACUGCUCACCGCAACAGAUGAUGGAGCGCUGCGUAUCUGGAAGAACUUCGCCGACCAGAAGAAUCCAGAGAUGGUGACGGCAUGGCAGGGCCUUUCUGACAUGCUGCCCACUACCAGAGGUCAGCCCUCCACCAGCGCUCACAGUCUGGCCAGAAGGGUCUCCAUCUAUCUUGACAGGAGUAAGCAAGGAGGUGCAGGGAUGGUUGUGGACUGGGAGCAGGAGACCGGUCUCCUCAUGACGUCUGGAGAUGUUCGAGUCAUCAGGAUCUGGGACACUGACAGAGAGAUGAAAGUCCAGGACAUCCCGACAGGAGCAGACAGCUGUGUGACCAGCCUGUCAUGUGACUCCCAGCGCUCGCUCAUCGUCGCCGGUCUGGGUGACGGCUCUGUACGGGUCUUCGAUAGGAGAAUGGGUCCCAAUGAAUGUCGGGUGAUGACCUACAGAGAGCACGGAGCCUGGGUAGUGAAAGCUCAUCUACAGAAGGAGACAGAUGGACAUAUUAUCAGUGUCAGCGUUAACGGAGACGUUCGAUUCUUUGAACCGCGGACACCGGACUCCAUUAACGUGCUGCAGACGGUGAAGGGGUUAACAGCCCUGGACAUCCACCCGCAGGCUAACCUGUUCGCCUGUGGAUCGAUGAACCAGUUCAUAGCGGUCUACAACGCUAACGGCGAUGUGAUCAGCAACAUAAAGUACUACGAUGGCUUCAUGGGACAAAGGAUCGGGGCCAUCAGCUGUUUAGCUUUCCAUCCUCACUGGCCCCACCUGGCAGUAGGCAGCAACGACUACUACAUGUCCAUCUAUUCAGCAGAGAAGAGGCUCAGAUAACACACCAGCAUUCAUCACCCCCCUCCUCCUCCUCCAACCACCCACCAAACCACCCACCUCUCCCUCUCUCUUCCCGCCAAAACCACGACAUAUGACUUCUGACCCUGGGCCGCGAGCGCCUGGAUGUAAAUGACGUUUUUGUUGUAAAUAUGCAAUUAGCACCCUGAAUGUUCUAGUGAUGGCUGCUGACAAAAACUCAUGCUACAAACGACUAUAUAUAUAUUAUUAUUAUUAUUAUUAUUAUUAUUAUUCUCAUUGUUUAUUCAUAUUCUUAUUAUGAAGCUAAUGAUUGUAGACUUGGCUGUGCUGAGGAGUGUGUAUAUUUAAAUAGCGUAUACAGAAGAAGAGAGGUUCUAUUUUAAAAAAAUAAGAAGUGGUACCCGCCGAUCACUGGGGCUCUUCCUCGCCUCGCAGCGAGCAUCACUACCUGUAAAAUGAACUGUGACACAUACCCCCCCCACCCCCCACCCACCCCCUCUUCUUCCAACCAGAUGUGUGGGCGAGGGGGAGGGAAUUUCGCCCCCCAGAGGACAACAUACACACACUGUUAAAAACAAAUUCACUGGUGCAGGAAACAAGGACUUACCCUCUGCUGGAGCGCAGUGUGUUUAGGAAUUCAUUUAAAACGGCCGACGGACACACAGUGUUGCUAUUGGCUGCACCGCCUCCAACACACACCCAGAGACGGUGGACUGGGGUCGGUUUUUUUUGUUUUUGUUUGGUUUUUUUGCCCGACAUGUCAACACAAGGCAGACGUGAUGAGUGUUUGUUUGUGCAUGCUUGUGUGUGUGUGUGUGUGUGUGUGUGUGUGUGUGUGUGUGUGUGUGUGUGUGUGUGUGUCUGUGUGUGUGUGUGUGUGUGUGUGUGUGUGUGUGUGUGUGUGUGUGUGUGUGUGUGUGUGUGUGUGUGUUACAGUGGAUUAUAGCACAUACAGAUGUGCCCCACAGCGGGACUUUAUAGCCUUGGACUUUAAGUGAUGCCCCCCAAAAAAAUGACGCCCGCCACCAUGCUUGGACUCUCCUCCCUGCUUUCUUUACCCCAGCGUGCCAAACAUAAACAUAUUUUUCCGUGAACCCCCCCCCCCCCCCCCCCCGUUGUUGCUUGGGGGGGUUUCACAGUGUUUUUGUUGGUUUAUUUGUUCAACUCAUAGCUUAUAAUAAGGGAAGACGUCCAUCGCCCCGUGGAUGAUACACACCUUUAUACCCAGCACAGUGAGAGGAGGAACUAGAGCGGUCAAUUCUAAACUCAACCCCCAAUCCAAUGCUUCAAGGAGCCUGCAGUACCCGCCUAUCUGCCCCACAAAGCAAUAAACACCUCCCAUGAGUCAGCCUCAAGAUCUUCCCAUGAAUUUUUCGGACAGAAAAAAAUCACUUCAGAGAAGGCGAUAGCAGCAUGACACACUGCUGAUAGUGGGUUGUGAUUGUCCCCGAAGCACCCGUAGGUGCCUCGCUACAGCAAUACACUCAUUUCCAUUCACUGCAGUAAAAUCCUCCUUGGGUUUCUUUUUGUAUUCUGGGAGUAGCAGAUGGGUGUGUUUUAUUUACCCCAUCGGUGACGCUCACAUCAGUGACAGGAAAUGUAUCAAUUAAAUUGGUCUUCCUGUGAUUGUCUAAACUUUCUAUUAUUAAUCAGAACAGUCCAAAUCCCUCCAGUGUAGAAUCAAAAAGAAGGAAAAAUAAUAAUAAAAUAAUUUUUGGGCUGAUCACAUUAGUCAUGAUGACACAGGUCCCAAAAGCAAACGUUUUGUUUGUUUUGCCCUUUGUGUGCCAGUCCGGUCCAGCUCCUCUGUGGCUUCCAGCUUUUUCUGGCUCUUGAAUACCCAGCGAGGCAGCUUUCAUGUUUCUAGACCUCCUUUGAGCACACAGUACUGUAGAUUUAGGAGUACUUUAGGCCAUGUGGCUCAUCACACCAGGGAUCACCUGCCGGCCCGCAAUUUGGACGCUUUUUCAUUUUUGAUCAAACCUCUCUGUAAGGUUUGUUUUUUUCUUCCUGUCUUUGAGUUUUUAUUUAGUUUUUAUUGCCAGAGGUUUUUUCGGUUUGAUUUCCUUUAACAAAGUUUAUGAGGCAGAAAGCGUGUUGCGGCGCUCUCUCUUUAACUCCUGUACCUGUACACGCUCGUUGUAUCAGGUUUCAAGUCCUCAACUCUCGCUCAGGUACCUCAACCAACCUCAAACCCGCUGCCUCCCGCCGUCCGCAGCAUGAUGGACGGGCGAGGUCGGUCACGUGACCCCCCCCUCCUCCCCCGCGGGCUGAGCGGAGCGUCACUCCAGAGAUGAUGGUGCGGUUUGGUAUAGAUGCCCGUGUAUGUGCAUUAUCACCAUGGACGUGCCUCUCUUCUCUGGGGCUGCAGCCUUUGCUUAUUUAACCUUUUUUUCUCCUCUUUUUUUUAAUCAUGUUUCUCUUUUUGUUAAUGUGUCAUUUUAUGUUUUUAAUUCUGCUGGUAUUUUGUUCGCCUUGGCCUCAGUGACGUGAAAGGAAGAGAAUGGGGAUGGCCUUAGCCUCACACACUCAUACACACACACACACAUUGCACUUAAGUCUCUCUCGCCACGCCCCCCUUUUCUAUCACGCCCCCCUACUGUGAACUGGAAACACACACAGUCCAUAUAACUGACUGUAGGAUCAGUCACCACAUCAGUCCCCCACCAUCCACCCAGUCACUGAGCUCCAGCGCUCUCUCUCCGUGGUGUUAGCAGCCCCCUGGACUGCUCCACCGGCUCUCAGCCAAAAGCCCCCCCAAUCACUUUCAUCUCUAAGUAUCCUGCUUUGAGUUUUAAGAUUUUAGACCUGGAGAAAAAGAAGAGACUUUAACAAAGUAGUAAGAAAGGAAAAAACAAUCAGGUUUGUCUCUGUGACUUUAGACUGCUUUGCUGCCUGUGGUUUAUAAGACAGGAGAUGAAAUCAGUGAAAUAAACCAAAUACAACACCGGAUUUUGGCUUUGGUUUUGACGUUUGCUUUUGAAACAAAAUGACGCUGUGGUGCUUGGUGUGGUGAUUUGUGUAAAUCAGCAUUAUAUAUGUUUUUGAGCUCUAACACGUCACGUAUG